AAGGGGUUCGCAAGCGUCGUACAUUUUUAGAGUCUAGUUUAUGAACGGCAGAGCGCCAGGAAGAGUAUAGCAAAAAAUUAGCAUAUACACCAGAGUCAACUACAUGACCUCCUGGUGGGAGCAUGUUGUCUAUGUCUCCAACCGUCAUUCAACGGAAACACCUCAACGGUCAGCGGCAACAUAGCUCUCCGCUGAAUGGGAAAAAAUUUGGUGUAAUGGUCAUAGCGAGCUCCUCGAGAAUACACGUCAGUCACCACUCUUCUCUCUGCCUACACCCAGGCUGACAAUCCAACUCUUGAUUAACGAUUGCAUAUGCUCAUGCGGUUUCGGGGAAGAUUGACACCCUGUCAAUCUCAAACUGUGCAGCGAUACACACCCCAUUCAUACCCGAAAAGUGACAGCUUUUCAACCAAGGUGCCCCCGAGAUUCUCACGUUGAUGCAACUGAACGUCGCCACACAAGAAAACAUCUGUGUAUCAGAAUGGACAGACAAGUGCUAUUGCAAACUCACGGCUUAUAUACAAUCCGGGCACUUCCGGGCAAAGCCACAGAGAAUCGAGUCCGGUCUGUUUCCUCAACCCGUCAUUGUGAGAUCGUCUAGACGAAGCUGGGCCGUCGCCGCUUGUGCCAGGAGAUGUUGGUUAUCCAAACUCCACUGUAAAGUUCGGCACGGAAAUCUUCUGGAAGGAGGUGUUUUGAAAAAGACAGAGGCUGAGACAGCGGUGUGCAGUCUUGCGCAGGCACUGAGCACGAAGCGAAAUAGUAUUCGACCCGGAGGCGUCGGCAGUGAUGGCAAGAGAUUGACGGAAGGUUACCUGCCUCUGUCGGAGCUGGACGAAGAUAGGUAUCCUAGCUGCGGGCGGCGCCCCACCUUGGCUGCGAGGUCUCCCAAACCGCCCGGGCACUAUGUCGUAAUCAGCUUUGGGAUCUUCACAACCCAUAUUGACUUUUGAGUCGCUGGUGCGUUGUCCAUCGCCGCUCGCGGCAGUCCUCCCGCGUGGGGUGCUCAGCGUGGGCCUGGAGCCUAGCGACGUUUGUUAGGAGUGCCGGUGAUAUCCCGGGCGUUGAAACCUAUCUCCUUUGGGCAUCCGGAGAAAACCCGCGGCCCGUGCAUG